GUGAAGGGGGAGAAACUGGGUGACAUCUGAUAUAAACUCUUCACACUCAGAGCUUCAUCAUGCUUGUGUUCGGGAUGUGGCGUGUGCUGUGUGUGCUUGGGUUUGUUGGUGCAUCCUUGUGUGUGAAUGAAGUAGAGUUUGAAGGAAACUUUGCAGACAACUACGACAACGAGAUCUCUCAGGAUCAGCAUGAGGGACAAACUCCAGCAACACCAUGCCAGCUUGCAGAUUUCUCCCGCUGGGACAAGCUCUUCAUUUCUCUGGAAGACUCCCACAUGAGACAGAACAUGCUGCUGGAGUCUCUGGAGCAGUGCUGUGGAGGGAUGGUCUCUCUCAGGACCCAGGUGGACAAACUGGCUAAGGGGACAUGUCAUCAGUGUGUACCAAGCCUGGAGUCAGUCUGCGGGGCGCAAGCCGAUCAGACAAGUGUUAAGCUCCAACAAGGCUUGCUGAAACUCCACAAUGAGGAAGCAGAGAGGGAGAGGAGGUUAAACACUACCUUGCACCAACUCAUGCACAUCGGCCAUGACAGUAAUGCCCGGCUGAAGCGACUUGAGGAAAGUAGAAGCGUCUCAGGAGCUGCAGGCAGCAGGAUGGGGCACCAACCAACACCGAGACCCGGGGGUUUAGGGGCAUUAAUCGGCCUGGGGAUGAAGCCAUUCACAUCUGGAGUGCAAGAGCAGGAAGUGACUUCUCCAAUGGACAUGGCCACGAUGGAAAGGGCCCUGGUUGCCAUAGCAACAGAGCUUCAGAAAGUUCACCUGCAGCUGAGCAGUGUAAUCGAGCAGGCGGGAUCACUCAGGAAUAAAAGAGGGGACACAUGAUUCGCCCAGAGGGGAAAAAUGAAAUUAGAAAUAUGACUGGGGACCCUCCAGUGGUAAUGUUUUUGCACAUGCUUGUUUUAUUAAUGUUGUUUUUAAACUCUUAUUAUGUAAGCUUGUUUUUGUCUGAUGAUAAUGAAUCUAAAUGUACCAUAA